GCCGCAACACAACCGCGUGUAUACCACAGCAAACGGGUCUUCCCCUACCGCCGCGCCGUUACCAAAUAAUCACUUAACAAUAACAGUGCAAUGGCCGUCAAUUUGAGGAAGUCUUUCCAGCCUUUUAGUGGGCGGAGUGCGCAGUCCCUGAAGAGCAGUCAUGAUGAGGUCUAUGGGCUUCUUUCAACAAUCAAAGGGAGCGUGAAAGCUGGAUCCAAGCAACUCAGAGAUGUUGUCAGUGAUGGGCAGUACAAGGGUUUGGUGGAGUACAUAGCUUGGGACUUACUACCCAUCCUUGGUCCUCACCUCUCACAUAAGGAGAAGAAUGAAGAGAUCUACAAUGACUGCGUCCAGAUUGUUCUCCGACUGGCUGAGCUUGGAAAUCCUAAGGAGAUGUUUAUUGGCAUCCUCGAGCAGCUGGAUCGAUUUCUAGACAGCCUGGUUCACAAUGACCUCCUUGAACCACUUCAAACAGUCAUCCGACGUCUAGGCCUUGCCAAACCACUCUACUACAAUCAACUCCUGACCAGCCUGUAUUCACACAUGGAACGGCUGAGUGUACCCAGCGUCAAUGGUAUGGGGGCUAUGGAGCGUCGGCUGAUCGGCCAGGAUGCUGACUAUUCCAAGAUGGAGACCACCACACUGGUUCUGCUGGAAUUCUUGGUGCCGAUGGUACGUGACAUUGAGGCUGCGCUGGUGACGAAGCAGCUGAGCCACACCCCCAAAGAAAUUAAAGAAAUUGAAGCUACAAGAACAGAGAUAAUGAAAUUCGUGUUAAAUAUUCUCGACCAUCCCCUGAUUGCGAUCGAGUUCAAAUAUCAGGAUGAUGCAGAUGAAGAAGCGGCUGAAAUGGAGGAGCUAGGCAUCAGUGAGGAGGCCAGACAACGAGUCAUUCCCAGACAAGAGGAGUUCUCACUGAGUAAGAAGGCUGCCGAGCAGUGUAUGCUGUAUCUUGACUUGAUGGGCUGCAGCUUCAGCUAUUUGCUGCUGUAUGCCAGCCAACACCCAGUCAAUCUGGACACGCUUAGCGAAAAGCUCAAGAGGAACGCCCUGAAGGAGCAAGGAGAGGAGGUUAAAGACGAGACCCUCCCUGUCCUGGGGCUGAGUUGCUUCUCCUACAUGGUCCUAGUAGAGGGUUACCAAACCAACCGCAUGCCAUCCGUAUACAGUGCUGUCUACAUGAUGCAGAUAAUGAUGCCUUAUAUUGAGGCCAUGUUAAGACGAACCGAAGAGCCAAUCCUCUGUAAAGGUUUGGAACUCCUGAGGUCACUUGUCGACAGACUGGAUGACCUAUCCCUGAAUUCAAGCGUGAUUGAUAUCAAAGGAAACUAUCUGCAGGUGUCAGAGUGCUUGGUACAAAUUAUGGUGUAUUGCUCAUCUAAGUUACUGCGAAGGAUGUCUGUGGCUAUUGUGGUACCCUACAUGAAUCGUUUUGACUGGAAGGGACGUCAUCACAUGCUGCGUUCCCUGCUGAGCACAACAAGACAUCCAGGUGCCAGGGGCAUUCUUAUCGGCCAAAUCAAGGAAUACAUCCAUAUCACAUUGCAGUGUGAUGAAAAAAAUAGCUGGUUCAUUGGGCGUCGUUUUGCAGACCUUUGUAGCAUGGUCUUCAGGCUUGACCACGGCAUUCGGACCGACUUAUUGCACAGUGCUGACAAAGAAAUUGCAUCUCUGAAUUUCCUGCGAUACCUGCUGCUACGGGAUUCUGGGGCUGAGCAUUUGAUCGGUAUCUGGCUGUGGAUCGAGAUGAUCCAAGAGGGUUACCUGAAUCCUCUUCAGACCUGCCUGUCCAUGUCUUUAUCUCAUUACCGACUGAAAGUGGAUUCCACUAAGAAAGAAAUACAGGAGGCGAGGCUUUCAAAUAAGCAUCUGACAGGAAAACUGACGGUUGCUGGGAAAGAAUACCCACCAAUGCCUCUGGACGAACAAGUUAAGGUUUUGGAAAAUUCCUUGUACACAAUUGAACUCAUCGAUUGCGUCCUUAGCCGUGUGAACGAGAUUAUAGCAGCGGGCAAAAAUCCGCAACCAGCAGAGGGCGUCACUGUAAGAAGCUCUUCAUCUGGUGGCAUGGAUGGUGCUGGUGUUGAUAGUGUCACCAUGGAUACAUGAAGGACGAGGAUGAACCAGUCCAGAACAUUUGGAUUUGGGAAAACGUGUUACACAUUUCCAAGAAAUAUAUAUAAACAGUUGACAUUAAUAUAAGACUAGGUGCCUUUCAUUUGGCUUUUUUUGCCAGGAUAGUCCAUUGGCUACUGCUUUGAUUGAACUGAAAUAUCUGUGUAGUUUGCUGAUGAUAUGAGCUUCAAAAUCGAUUUUAAAUUUUCCCACAGAAUGGACAAAGGUUUCCAUGGCCUUUUACUCAAAUAAUCUCUUGCCUGCGAUGUCAGAUUCCUAUGAAUAAUUAAGAGUGAUGUUUGGAGAUUUUACCAAGAUGGUUGCUCAGUGUAAAAUCUGCAGCACUGGAAAGACACUUUUCCCAAGUCAACAUCGUGAAUAAAGUAAAUUAAAAAGCAAAUCUCCCCCAAGUUAUUUCCCAAAACUUUAUGAUAAACGUCUUUAACAAAUGCAUCCAACUGUGAGAUGAGAGUUUAUUUUAUUCCAAACCAACGUCACAUUCAUUUUUUCUUUGUAGAAAAAAAGUCAACUUAUCAAAGCUUCAGAGCAGUUGGGAAGUCUGAACCAUUGUGUCGUGCCCAUGCUUUGAAGCAUAUACAUGUAUUUAAUAAUUUACUUCAAGUACAUGUAAUUCACAAAUGUCUCUGAAAACCCAAUAUCAAAUAUCUGUCUGCUGCCCUGGAGAAGGGCAUAUCAGCUCUGACCAGGAACAAGAGGGGGCAUAUUCCCACACGAUGGUGGGAACUUGCACACAGGAUCAUGUGCAUUUGAUAGGGGUCAUGCUUAACACACACAACCAAUUUCUAUUUAAAGGUAUGUCGUUGGCACACGUCCCUUUAGAAAAGUGCAUCAUGUCUUCCAUGUGUGUAUAAAUACGUCAUAGUGUAGUGCACUCCAAGUUACAUUUUGCUGAAAUUAAAAGAAUUUGUAAGCACUCCAGGGGUAACUACUCAUUGAUACAUGUACUUUAAUCUUUCACAGCUUUGUAAUCUUGCAAGUACUUGAUGAAAAUGAGAACAUGUGGAGAAAAGGGUCACAGUAAAAUGGUGCUUGUAGUUUUGA